GAGGAGGGGAGAGCGAUCCUCAGGAGAUUGGAGGAUGGAAACACAUAGCGGAUGGGAAGAGAGGAGCGGACGGGUCCCGGCUCCCAGCCCCGAGCACAGCGCACAUCCCACAACAAAGCACUGACACCGAGCCUGGCAUCCAUCCCACUGCCCAGCACUGAGCCCGACAUCCAUCCCACACAGGAGUCACUGCGGACAAUGCGAGAUCUUCUCCGGUGUCAGAGGGGCCGGGGAGCCGCACAACGGGAGUCCUAGCAUGGACCUGAAUCAUCGGACCGACCCAAUGUCCUACCGCUGAUAUCCUCUACUGCACACUCCCCACCGGGAUCUCCUGUUCACCGAUCUGGGACUCUGCACCCCUAUACCCACCAAUCUAGGACUCUGCACCCCUAUACCCACCGAUCUGGGACUCUGCACCCCUAUACCCACCGAUCUAGGACUCUGCACCCCUAUACCCACCGAUCUGGGACUCUGCACCCCUAUACCCACCGAUCUGGGACUCUGCACCCCUAUACCCACCGAUCUAGGACUCUGCACCCCUAUACCCACCGAUCUAGGACUCUGCACCCCUAUACCCACCGAUCUGGGACUCUGCACCCCUAUACCCACCAAUCUGGGACUCUGCACCCCUAUACCCACGAUCUAGGACUCUGCACCCCUAUACCCACCGAUCUAGGACUCUGCACCCCCAUACCCACCGAUCUGCGACUCUGCACCCCUAUACCCAUCGAUCUGGUAUUCUGCACCCCUAUACGCACCGAUCUAGGACUCUGCACCCCUAUACGCACCGAUCUGGGACUCUGCACCCCCAUACCCACCGAUCUGGGACUCUGCACCCCCAUACCCACGAUCCGGGACUCUGCACCCCUAUACCCACGAUCUGCGACUCUGCACCCCUAUACCCACCGAUCCGGGUCUCUGCACCCCUAUACCCACUGAUCCGGGACUCUGCACCCCUAUACCCACUGAUCCGGGACCCUGCACCCCUAUACCCACCGUUCCAGGUCUCUGCAACCCCAUACCCACCGAUCCGGGUCUCUGCAACCCCAUACCAACUGAUCCAGGACUCUGCACCCCUAUACCCACUGAUCCGGGGACUCUGCACCCCUAUACCAACAGAUUCGGGACUCUGCACCACUGUACCCACAGACCCGGGAUUCUGCACCACUGUACCCACAGACCCGGGACUCUGCACCCCCAUACCUACUGAUCCGGGACUCUGCACCCCUAUACCCACAGAUACGGCACUCUACACCACUGUACCCACAGACCCGGGACUCUGCAUCCCAUACCUACUGAUCCGGGACUCUGCACCCCCAUACUCACCAAUAUAAGUAAGCCAGCAUCCCCAAAAACCCUAACAACACCCUCUUACACCUUCAAGAUCCUCCCUAAACCAGUGACCCUGAACCCCAGAACACAGUGAUCAGUGCUAUCUCUUAGUGGAUUACCACUGGCCCAUCUCAGGAUCCAGCCAACACUGGACUGUUUCUACAGAACUAUUUCAGGGACCCAAAAGCACAAAUCCCCCUGGUUCAGUGAUCCUCCUGGACCCCAGAACACCAUUCCCUUUGAUGAUGUGACACAUUACCCCAGAACACUCCCACAUUCAUUGACUUUUAACACCCCCAGAUUAACUAACUCUGGACCCCCAGAAUAAAGUUCCCAUUUGAUGACUUGACCCUGGACCCCAGAACACCCAGAUUCCCUUAUCCAGGUCCCCAGAUUCUGUGACCCUGGACCCUAGAACACCCCAUAUUCUGUGACCCUGGACUCUAGAACACCCCACUUUCUGAGACCCUGGACCCCAGAUUCUGUGACCCUGGACCCUAGAACACCACAGACUCUGCGUCCCUGGACCCCAGAUUCUGUGUCCCUGGACCCUAGAACACCCCAGAUUCUGUGACCCUGGACCCUAGAACGCCCCAGAUUCUGUGACCCUGGACCCCAGAUUAUGUGUCCCUGGACCCUAGAACACCCCAUAUUCUGUGACCAUGGACCAUAGAACACCCUAGAUUCUGCGACCCUGGACCCUAGAACACCCCAUAUUCUGUGACCCUGGACCCCAGAACACCCCAGAUUCUGUGACCCUGGACCCCAGAACACCCCAGGUUCUGUGACCCUGGACCCCAGAACACCCCAGAUUCUGUGACCCUGGACCCCAGAUUCUGUGAUCCUGGACCCCAGAACACCCCAGAUUCUGUGACUCUGGUCCCCAGAACACCCCAGAUUCUGUGACCCUGGACCCCAGAACCCCCCAGAUUCUGUGACUCUGGACCCCAGGACACAGGUCCCUUUGAUGUUGUGACCCGUCAUAGACAGGAUUUCCUGCAUUGGACCUGGUCAGGGUCACCUCGCUCACAAUGGAUCUGGGUAAUUAUUCAUGCUGAUCGGUGGUCCUAUUGUUUACACACAGGCUGAAGGACAAUGUGAAGUCCCCUUGAUUUCCUCCUGUGGGCAGUGCCAUAGCCAGGGAAGAGUGUGUUCACAUCUCACAUGGUGUGGAUGAUGCCAGGCUGAGGAUGGCAGAUGUUCGGGACUCGGCUGCUUGUGCUGCUGCGGCUGCAGCAGUGGUGGGACUUCUGGGGGUGCAGGAUGGAGGUAGCCUGACUCCUGGGGGGCCCAGCCGGGGAGCAGAGGACUUGGUGCUGAAUGGAGGAUGCUCAGAGGACAGUCCGCAGUCUGGGAGGAGCAGCAGGGAACACUCUGGGGAAAGGGGACAAGGGACUCCAAAGACUACCGGUAUUAUGAAGGAUGGAUCCCGUCAAAAACAAAAGAAAACAGUGUCCUUCAGCACAAUGCCCAACAAUCGAAAGAUCAACAGCACAGCUGCUUGCAUCUCCUUCAUGAUGGAGGGGUGCGAGAUGAAGAAAGUGCGCUCUAACUCCAGGAUGUACAAUCGUUUUUUCCUUUUAGAUCCAGAUAUGCGUUUUCUACGAUGGGAGCCUUCCAAGAAGGAGUCAGAGAAAGCUAAACUGGAAAUUAAAUCCAUUCGUGAGGUGCGUGUUGGAAAGAAAACUCCAGUUUUGAGAAGUAAUGGUCUGUCUGAUCAGUUCCCAGAAGAAUGUGCCUUUUCUAUCAUUUAUGGGGAAAACUAUGAAUCAUUGGACCUUGUGGCAAGUACUGCUGAUAUUGUCAACACUUGGGUGAUGGGUCUCAGGUACUUGGUAUCAUAUGGAAAGCACACUCCGGAUGUUGUAGGAGCUAAUCAAACAAGUUUAAGAACACUGUGGAUCUCAUCUUUGUUUGAGAUUGCUGAUAUAGAAAAAAAAGGACAGAUUCCAUUGUCUAGAGCCAUUCAGCUUAUCAAGGGACUUAACCCUGGUAUGAAGACUUCAACAGUAGAACUAAAAUUCAAGGAAUUGCAGAAAGUUAGUGAUAAAUAUGGCAGUAAUUUUACUUGUGAUGUUUUUGUAGAGGCCUACUGUGAACUGUGUACCAGACCAGAGGUAUUCUUUUUACUGGUUCAGUUUUCUAGCAAUAAAGAGUAUUUGGACCUAAAAGAUCUGAUGAUCUUCAUGGAAGUGGAGCAAGGUAUGGAAGAGGUAAAUGAAAUUACAGCACUGGAAAUCAUCAAGAAGUAUGAGCCUUCCAAAGAAGGACGUGAAAAAGCAUACCUUACAAUUGAUGGGUUCACCCGUUAUCUUCUUUCAUUGGACUGUUAUAUAUUUGAUCCUCACCAUAAAGUGGUAUGUCAGGAUAUGACAAGGCCAUUAUCACACUACUACAUCAACUCUGCUCACAAUGCAUGCCAUCUAGAAGACCACUACUGGGGCACAUCCGAUAUUAGUGGCUAUAUACAAGCCCUUAGGAUGGGAUGUCGUAGCAUUGAGCUUGUUGUUUGGGAUGGCCCAGAUAAUGAGCCUCUUAUCUACCUUGGCGUGUCUGUGGUUUCACAGGUGGCUUUCCGAAGUGUAAUAAGUGUAAUAGACAAGUAUGCAUUUGAAGCAUCAGAGUACCCAUUAAUCCUUUGCUUGGUAGUUCAUUGCUCUGUUCGACAACAGCGUUUCAUGGCCCAGUGCUUAAAAAAGAUCAUUGGUGACAAACUUUACCUAGAUCCAGCAUGCCCUGAUGAAAACUACUUGCCUUCUCCAGAACAACUGAAAGGCAAGAUUCUAAUAAAAGGUAAGAAGUUGCCUUCAGAUAAUUCUGACUCAGAGGGAGAUGUAACAGAUGAAGAUGAAGGAAUGGAGAUUGCUAGGAGAUUGGGUCAUGAUGAUCAUGAACAUCUUAAUGGGGCUGCCAACAGAAAGCUGCGACUCUGUAGAGAACUCUCAGACCAGGUAACUCUGUGCCAGUCCGUAAGGUUUAGGGAUUUUGAAAACUCUAAAAGAAACCAAAAAUACUGGCACAUAUGUUCUUUUAACGAGGUUACUGCUAGUCACUUUGCCAAUGAAUAUCCUGAAGAGUUUGUAAAGUACAACAAAAGAUUGAUCUCAAGGGUCUACCCAAGUUCAAUGCGAAUAGAUUCUAGCAAUAUGAACCCCCAAGACUUCUGGAAAUGUGGUUGCCAGAUUGUGGCCAUGAACUACCAAACCCCAGGUCUUAUGAUGGAUCUUAAUACAGGAUGGUUUAGGCAGAAUGGAAACUGUGGCUAUGUCUUACGACCCUCAAUAAUGAGGGAAGAAGUAUCCUAUUUUAGCGCCAAUGCAAAGGACUCUUUACCUGGUGUUUCGGCUCAGCUACUUCACCUAAAAAUUAUUAGUGGCCAAAACCUCCCUAAACCUAAAGGAUCAGGAGCAAAGGGAGAUGUGGUGGAACCAUAUGUGUACGUAGAGAUACAUGGGAUACCCGCCGAUUGUGCAGAACACCGGACAAAAACAGUAACACAAAAUGGGGACAACCCAAUAUUUGAUGACAGCUUUGAGUUUCACAUAAACCUUCCAGAGUUGGCUAUACUGCGGUUUGUAGUACUAGAUGAUGACUUCAUUGGAGAUGAGUUUAUAGCCCAGUAUACCAUCCCAUUUGAGUGCCUGCAGACUGGUUUUAGGCAUGUUCCUUUACAGUCUUUAACAGGCGAGUUCCUCCAAAAUACCACAUUGUUUGUCCACAUUGCUAUCACUAACCGAAGAGGAGGAGGAAAAGCACACAAGAGGGGGCUCUCUGUACGAAAAGGCAAGAAGAUUCGUGAAUAUACAUCCACGAAGACUACAGGCAUCAAAGCAAUUGAUGAGGUGUUUAGAACGGCUACUCCUUCCCUUCGAGAGGCCACGGAUCUUCGGGAAAAUGUUCAGAACGCUUUAGUAUCUUUCAAGGAACUAUGUGGCUUGACUUCAACGGCCAACAUGAAACAGUGUAUCCUUACUGUGUCUGCAUGGUUACUAAACAGUGAAAGCCCUCUCAAUGUGACGCUCAACCUCCGAUCGCAGUACCCACUUCUAGAGGCUCAUGGACCAGUUCCUGAUCUCCUAAAGAAAGUCCUUACAUCUUAUGAAGUGUUCAUACAAGCAAGUCGGACAUUAAUAGAGACUUCAGAUGCCGUUUACAACAAAAUAAUUCAAGUGCAAAAAGCAGGGAUGGGUUUUCAUGAAGACCUCCAUCGGAUUGGUGCCAAAGAAGGACUGAAGGGUAGAAAGCUUCAGAAAGCCAUGGAAAGCUUUGCCUGGAACAUUACUGUGCUAAAGGGUCAAGCUGACCUCCUCAAGCAUGCCAAGAAUGAAGCUGUGGACCACGUGAGGCAGAUCCACCAUGCAGGGCAAUCCUGCGGGAUAAGCCGGGACAGCUCCCACUCCCCCUCCCUGGAUGUAUUUAGGCCACGAGGGGCCCUGGAACCCAUCCCUGAGACUGAAAGUGGGGGGAGCACUGGCUCUUGAAGAUGCAUUCUGAUGCCAGCAUAGAACCCCUUGCAUGGCAAAGCCCUCUUCAGAACUAUGCUAUGCAGUGUGUUUGUUUUUUCGCACAACUACAGGGUAAAUGUUAGGACCUCCAUUAUCUCCAUCUCUUGACACACCUCUGUGGAACAUUUCCUAUAAUGCCAACCCGUGGACUUCUGAAGGAUAACUGAUCGAAUUCACAGGCAGACGUCUAUAUGAAGGCAUACAGUUUUAUUUUUGUGCACUUACAGAACCAGCCUCACUUCCCCUCAGUCUGCACCUUCCCAAAAGCAGUGAAAAUUUGGGUUGGGGAGGGAUGAGUGUAUUGCUACCUCUGGUCACCUUCCCCGUCCCCCUAUCUCUGUGUAGUGUAUGAGAACACUCGUGGAAUAAAGACACUUGUUCUGAUCUCA